AUGCAGCCCCUCCACGGGUACCACAACCAUGCCAGGGCCUUGCAUGCAGCGACCUUUCUCCUGGUGCUUAUGUUUAUCCUGAUUCAAGUAGUACGGGGCCGUCAGGAUGCCUACCAAGUUAUCGAUACCGACCCUCUUGUUCCUUUGCUCAAUUUGGGAGGCAACAAGAUGACUCAACACGACACCAACUAUCUGCGGAUACUGGCGGAGAGAAACAACAUCACAGACAGGAUCUCAUGGUUCUCCCAGAGAAUCAAGGUGGUACCAGAGGCCCCUCGGAGGUUUCCAAUGACAAACAUCAAGCAGGGGUUUGCGGAAAACGGGUUUCAAAACAUUCGCUGGGAUGACGAUGACUCCAGUCGGGAAACCGGAGGAGCUGUCAAGGUGCUUCCUGUAACGAAGAGUCCCAAGCCAGCUACUGUUGAUGCCUCCAACUUGCUCUUUGGGGUCUCAACAUCCUACAAUCGCCUCACGUACGACAACGACUCUCUCAUCGGCGACUGGAAGCGAUGGCUCACAAACGGUCGGGGGUCCUCCAAUGGAGCCACUGUCGUUGUGACACUCCACCAGACCACCAGCGAGGAGGCGUGGGAGAUAUACGAAAAGCUGCACGAGGUUGGAAUAGAUGCCACAGUGGUACCGCUUGGCAAAAGCGUGGAGAAAACCUCGAGAUACCUAGACAUGAUCGCCAUUCUCUUGGAUACCAGCGAAGCGCUGGCCGAGCAGGGACGUCCGAAGCAGUACCUGGGUCUCAUCGACGAUGAUAUUUUCUUUCCGACUCCGGGGCAGCUCAUCUCGAGACUGUCAAAGUUUGACACUUCAAGCCCUUACUACAUCGGACUUCCCAGCGAGCGCCCGGAUUGGUCUGUUGAAAAUGACACAGCAGUCACCCACGGGGGUAGCGCAAUCUUUCUCACCCCUCCAGCGGCGCUCAUCAUCUCCCACCUCCCAUGUCGCCCAACCAUGGGCUUCACCGGAAACCAUACGAGAUGGGACAACGUUCUCCACGACUGUGUGAGGGACCAUACCGACAUUCCCUUCCACAUCCUCCCGAGCUUCUACUCGCCCACCGACGCCCUUUACAACAUGCAGGCCGCGACCUAUGACCUCGGUGUCUCCCCGUUAACCCUGCGCCACUACAGAUCCCGCCAUGGCUUCAGUCCAAGCCUAGCGCACCUUGUGACGUCCAUUUGCGGAGAGGCUUGCUUUCUGCAGCGCUUCCACUUCGGUGGCAACUGGGUCCUCGCGAACGGAAACUCCAUCACGCACUACUGCGGCGGCUUCAACGUCGUUCCCAUGGAAAGCGACGCGAAGCUUCUAGGGUCGAUGCAGUAUGGUCAGGAGGCGGAGAUGCCGCUCGGUGAAGGAAUCGUCCUGAGUGAGGUGAGGGAGACGAAGGAGGUUGUGACGUGGAGCGGUACGAGGAACGUGUGGAACUUCCUGGAUGCCGUUGUCGGGGAAAGGGGUGAGGUUUGGCAGGCGUAUGUCAAGAGAAGAGGCCGGUCGGGGUUCAUGAACGGGGAGGUUGAGGAUGAGGACGGCGAUGGAGACCAUCUUGAUUCUGUCAUUGUGUUGGUGUGGGAACCAUAG